AUGACAUCGUUAAAAAUACUUGUUGAGAUGAGUUCUGAAGUUCAGAAAAUAUAUCGUAUCGGUUCAAAGUGGUAUUUCCGUGCUUGUCCUGAACUACCCGGUCGUCGAUUCCACUAUCGUGCAUACUGCCUUGAUGACCUUAACGGUACAAUGCCCCGUCAUUCUGAACCAUCAUCAUCCCAGACGGCAGUCGAGCGCAGCGAUGAUCAAACACAGCAAAGCGUUGUUGAUCGGAGCAGUGGAACGCGAUCUUGUCAAUUGUCCAUGAAUAAUGCCUCUCUAUGGGAGGACUCAGCAAACAACAACGUUGAUACGACGAUACAUUUGGUGGAUAUUGGCACUCCUGAAACGAGUAUUCUACAACCCACAUCAGCGUCAGUCAAUCAGCCACAGCAACAACCAUCACCCAAACCAGUAGUGUCAGAAUCCACUCUGGAUUUAUUGUCUGAGGUUGAUUUCACGGCACCCAGUAAUCUGCUCGAUAUCAACGAGCCGUACCUCUCAGCUGAACCUCUCGUGCCAAUUCGAUCAACUCAAACGUCUUCGUUCGGUUCGCGAGCACAAUCAACGACUAUCGGCGACAAUAAAAAUGCUGCCAAUACGAUGAACAACAGUACAAUGACCACUUCGAAUAGUCAACAAAAUGUGGAUAAAACUCCUCUGGAAUCCGCGGCUACAGCUGAUUCCGAAUCGUUCGCAUCGUUGUCAGGUUUUUGCUUAGUUCACAACAUCCCAACAGAAUCCUAUUCAAAGCCAUGUCCUUCGAAUUUGGCAUCAUCAAAGCAACAACAACAGCCUUCAUCUACUCACGACUCACUCAGUUUAAGUGAUGGCGAAACAUUGGUUCUCAUUUCGACACCUCCAUCAUCUGUUAAAAUCAGUGAUGUGAAUACGACUCAAAAUGAAAAAAACAUAAAUAAUACUCAACAACGACUUGAUAUUGUGCAGUCAGCAGCACUAACAAAUUCAACACUAUCAUCAAAUGCCAACGAAUUCGAUGAUACGUUAACGUCAGACAGUCUUCCUCAAUUGCAACUAUGCAAAAAAUAUGAUGUGUUUGAUGAAGAAAAAGCAUCAAAAAUGUACUUCGAAGUGAUCAGCAAACCGAAACAAACGCUUGAGGAGGAAUUAAUCGGUGGAUUUGAAGAUGAACACGAACAUUAUUUUGAUACAUCUGAAACGAUUCAACAUCAGUUCGGAAGUGUUGUUUCGCAUGACGGUACGAGAACGUCGCCAACAACCAAAAAUGUUCCGAAUGGUAAAAGUGAUGCCGAUAUUGUUGCACCCACUCUGAAAACAUCUUCAAAAGCGGUGGACAGUGAUCAAAGCAAGUCAACAUCAACUACAGAGGAAAGUCAAGGCGAUGUUCAUUUCGUGAAAACAAACGAAAGCCUUGCAGAAGUUCUUCAUCGGUUGACUGCUGCUGGCGAUCACCCACAAAACUCAUCACAACCCCGCCUGAGCAAGUCGUCCGAGCAGAUUGAAGGGGAAAGUUCGGAUUAUGACGUGGACGACGAUACGGUUCGAUGCAAUUCAGAGCGUUCGCUGUAUGCGAUUCGAGUACCAAGAAGAGCCGACGAUAAUGAGGUUGGUCUGUUCAGAAUGUGUAUGUUCAGGUCAAAACCGACAGGAGUGUAG